UCCACUACGUCCUUGGGUUUCCACUAGGCUCUACGUCACCGCAGCCGGUCAUGUGACCUCAGGGCCCGUAUGUGCUUGUCUCCGGAACACGGGCGAUAGUGAGCAAGUACGCGAGAGGAUGUCGGAUAGGAUGGAGUGUGCUGGAGGAACUUUGUCUGUUAAGUCCGCCAAGACAUAAAACAGCCAUACACCUCACGCGUCCGGCAUUCACCGAAGAAGAUAGGAGCCUUGCAUCACUUUUAAAGCGGCCUGCUUCGGCUCGUGUGGUUGAUCUGCGGUGCGCGGAGCCGGAUGUCGGCGCACAGAGGCGGACCCUAGAGAGACGGGAGACGGGCUAGGCAGCUACACGCUUACCGUAUACCGUCGGGGAUGUUAUCGGUACUCUCCUAUGGCAGGAUCGUUGCCAGGGCUGUCCUGGGCGGACUCUCGCAGACGGACGGCAGAGAUUACAGCCUGAUCACGGCCAGCUGCGGCUUCGGGAAGGACUUUCGGAAGGGGAUCCUGAAAAAAGGCAUGUGCUACGGCGACGAUGCCUGCUUCAUUGCCCGGCACAAGUCCGCGGAUGUCUUGGGUGUUGCGGAUGGCGUCGGGGGCUGGAGGGAUUACGGCGUGGAUCCGUCGCAGUUCUCCGCCACCCUGAUGAGGACGUGCGAACGGCUCGUGAAGGAGGGCCGCUUCACUCCCAGCAGCCCCGUGGGCAUCCUGACCUCUGGCUACUAUGAACUCCUGCAGAACAAAGUACCGCUGCUGGGGAGUAGCACAGCUUGUAUAGUCAUUCUGGAUCGUCGGAGUCACAGGAUACACACCUGUAACCUGGGAGACUCUGGCUUCUUGGUGGUUCGGGGUGGAGAGGUGGUCCAUCGGUCAGACGAGCAGCAACACUACUUCAACACACCCUUCCAGCUGUCCAUAGCCCCGCCGGGGGCAGAGGGCGUGGUGUUGAGUGACAGUCCUGAGGUGUCAGAUAGCUCCUCCUUUGAUGUCCAGUUAGGGGACAUUAUUUUAACCGCUACUGACGGCCUCUUUGACAACAUGCCUGACUACAUGAUCCUGCAAGAACUCAAGAAACUCAAGAACACCAACUAUGAUAGUAUCCAGCAGACUGCCCGCAGCAUCGCUGAACAGGCCCACGAGUUGGCCUAUGACCCCAACUACAUGUCCCCUUUCGCCCAGUUUGCCUGUGACAACGGGUUGAAUGUAAGAGGGGGGAAGCCUGACGACAUCACAGUGCUUCUGUCCAUCGUGGCAGAAUACACAGACUGAGCGCGCUCAAUGGAGCUUGCUCUUCUCUUACUCCUGUGUCUUCCACCCCUGUCCUAUUGCACUGCUCCCCAUCUCACAUCUCCUAGCACCCCUUUCCAUUCUUCCAUUUCUCAAGUAGAUCUCCAGUCAACGCAGGGAGGAGGAUAGUGUGAACUCGUUGGCGUGGGUGGUGACGCAAGCGGUACAAACAGUCCAAAAUUGACGACCUUACUUGUGUCCAAAAGGAUUUUGGGAAUCUUCAACCCGUGUUGUGAAUUUGAGUCAUUUUAGUUUUCCAAAAGGCAAGGAGAGCCAUGCAUUACACACAAAAAUUGGUUUCUUAUUGAAGAAGCUGUUAUAUUCACUUGUGUGGUUUGUGCAAAUGAAAAGUUGUUGUUAAAUACUUGGUUGUCUAUGUCUUGAAAGAAAAUUUAAGCGUCUCUGAAGUCGCUAUGAGCUGGAGUGCCUCUAUGUUUGUGAGUGUGUGUACGUGUAUUACGUGUCCCGUUUGCUUGUCGGUCAACUUUGGUUAAGCUGUAACAGAAAGGUAGGUUAUAGUUCAGAAGGAGGCCUGGCUAGAUUUAAACCUGUUGGGAAAUGCAAGUGCUUUAGGAUGUGCUGGCUAGUUCUGUUUAGCCAGCAUAUCUGCCUCUAGUUAGACAACCUUCACCUACACAGUCACUUUGUGAGGUCUCCGAUAAUGGAUUGCAAGUUCAAAGGCAUGAAGGAGAUGGGCUAUAAAUGUACAACUUGUGUUUGGUUAUAUAAGAUAGAAACUAAACUGCACAGACAUCACAGACUUAGUCAGGGUCGCGCCAUAUUUAAGUUUUCACAGGAAUGAAAAUGAGGCUGUGAGGGACAGAAGUACAGCGCUUUCAGUGGGUUGUACUGUUGUUUAACUACAUACUGAUUGUUUAGCUGAUGAAACGUCUUUCCGA